UGCGCUGAUACUCCAAUUUGUAACAGAAAACAUGGGACGUUUGUAUGCACAGGGUCGGACAUGCCUUGUAUAUUCUCCAUUCCUCCUUCAGUCUUGCUCACCCCACUUUCAUCACAGUGCACUGCAGACUGUGUGAAUGGAGGAGGUGUGUCAGGGGCUGUUGACUGAUGCCUGGAUUGGAGAAGUUGCCUGGGGGCCACUUCUAAACACAGAGUACACCUUUGCUCGGAGGCGAGUGGCCCACGUGAUGCACCCACUGCCUGCCUUUAAAAGCACCUUUCGUCCCGACAGAGCCAAAGUGAGUCAAACUGCAGAUGAGGGAGGUUUCAGACAUUGGAAGAGUCUAAGAAGCCUAAAGUUCUGGAGUCUGGACUCUUGUGUUGUUCUCUUGUGUUUGCUGGAGCGCUCAUAGUCAUCUUGCUCAGUGUGGUCGCUCAGUUGUUCUUCCAAACAUGAGCCUGUCCAGCACUAGCACGGACUCAGAAUUUUCUGAAGAUGAGCUGGAGAGUUGUCCUAUGGGCCUGGGAGAAGACAGCAGCUCUGAAGAACCAAUGAAGAGAUCAUCUCCCGCGUCAGAAAGCGAGGGUGGACCUCGGGCCAGCAAAGUUGAGAUGUCCAGAGUUGCUAAGAAGCGCAGCAGACCACCUCGUUCCAAAGCGAGGAGGGUCGCAGCCAACGUCCGGGAACGCAAGCGCAUCCUGGAUUACAACCAGGCCUUCAAUGCUUUACGCACUGCAUUGAAGCAUGACCUGAGCGGCAAGCGUCUGUCGAAGAUCGCGACUCUCCGCAGGGCCAUCCACCGCAUCUCAGCACUGUCCAUGCUCUUGCGAGAUGACAGCUCAUCCUGUGGCCAUCCUGAGUGCAGGACAAGAUUAAAGAAAGAGGAGCCAAGUUCUGCAGCAUCUAAAGGCUUCCUGGACCAACCAGAGAACUACAACCAGAGACACAGCCCCCAUCAACAUGCAGUAUCUCCUCAGAUGCAGAUGUACCAGGAUAGAAACCCUGGAAACCCUGCAAACCCUGGAAACGCUGGAAACCCUGCCCAUUCCCCUCACUACGGCCACAGCACUCAGCCAUACAUGACCCACAGACACUAUGGACACCCUCAGGAGGACUUGGCUCAAUCAUACUAUGGAGGAGCCAACAGUUAUCAUUAUGGCUUUAAGGCAACUUGCCAUCAGGACCACAUGGACUGCUUUGUGGAUUCUUCUGCUGUGCCCUUCUCUUGGCAGCAGGGUUAUCUGCAGACCUCAGGGUUUCAACAGUCCCUCAGCAUGCACUGAAAAAAAAAACUCCAGUGGAACAUUCAGUACAUUCAGUACAUGUAUGUUGACUGUGCACUUAUGACAUUUACAGACUGCAAACUUAAAUGUAAAGGUUGAUAAAUUGAUUUUUGGUUUGUUUGCAUCAAAAAAUACAAAACCCUUUGAAACUGUUAAGAAAUGUCAAUUGAAAGACUCUUGAGGGCACCAUAAGUUGUGUUUUUUCAGUGAAAAAAACUUCAAAAACCUCCACAAUUUCAAAGUUUUGCUGUUUUGUGAGUGGACACCACAUUCUUGGUCACCCUGAGUUCCAGACCUGCUGCACAGAACCUCCACACCUCCAAAUUCCUUGUGCUCCAUCUGUGGUCAUCUACAGCAUCCUGAUGGUCCUUGGAUCAAUCAGACAACUAUUACUUUAUAUCUUUAUUUUUUUUAAGAAUGCCCAGACUGCAUUAGUUUUAAUGCAGUGUUAUUGCAUUGUGUUGGUCAUUUUUCUUAAGUAUUAGUAUGGACUUAUAUACUACAUAUAUCAGUUGUGAUGUGAUGCUGGUGAAAUGCAGAUGGUAAUAUGGAGUACCAUAAGAGAGAAUCAGAAAAAAAAAUGCAUCUCAGGUUAAAUGUGCUGUAUAUUACAGUAAAUAUGUGUUCUUAGUAUAACUUGUUACUUUGCAUGAUUUUCUGAAUGUAUUAAUUAUAUUCUAACAAGUGUUUGUUAUUUAAACACCUUGCUGUAAUAAAAUGUAAUAACAUUGUAAUAAAUGUUUUAUUAUG